GUAAUUAGUUUUCCGAAAUAGUUAUAUCUGAUAAAUUUUGUCAUAAUUUUUUUGAUUGUAUGGAUUUGAUAAUAACACACGUUUCCACCAAUCAACAACGGAAACGCAACGCCACGUUCCGCCACGAGUCGCGAUUCUCUCUCACUCUCUCUCCCAUCUUUCUCUAUAAAACUUGUGUCGUGGACACUCUUAAAACUUCACUCAACAAAGCUUAACCAUAAACUGUGAGUAAAAAAGAGAAGAAAGAAAAAUGGUGCUAAAGGUGUACGGACCUCACUUUGCUUCACCAAAGAGAGCUUUGGUCACACUGAUCGAGAAGGGCGUUGCCUUCGAGACCAUCCCCGUCGAUCUCAUGAAAGGAGAACACAAGCAGCCUGCUUAUCUCGCUCUACAGCCUUUUGGUACUGUUCCUGCUGUUGUUGACGGUGACUACAAAAUCUUCGAGUCCCGUGCGGUGAUGAGGUACGUAGCUGAGAAGUACAGGUCACAAGGACCUGAUCUUUUGGGGAAAACCGUUGAAGACAGAGGUCAAGUUGAACAAUGGCUUGAUGUGGAAGCGACCACUUACCACCCACCGCUAUUGAACUUAACGCUUCACAUAAUGUUCGCAUCAGUCAUGGGAUUCCCAUCUGAUGAGAAGCUGAUCAAGGAGAGUGAAGAGAAGCUUGCGGGUGUUCUUGAUGUCUACGAGGCACAUCUCUCAAAGAGCAAGUACUUGGCCGGUGACUUCGUGAGCUUGGCUGAUUUGGCUCACCUCCCGUUCACUGAUUACUUGGUUGGUCCGAUUGGGAAAGCUUACAUGAUCAAAGAUAGGAAACACGUGAGCGCGUGGUGGGAUGAUAUUAGCAGCCGUCCUGCGUGGAAGGAGACUGUUGCCAAGUAUUCAUUCCCAGCUUAAGAUGUGUUCAUCUUCUUGGUGAUGUGGUUUGUGUUUUAUGAGAGGUUUAAUAAAAGUGGAACUAAAUGUACCUCUUAAUGUAAUGUUGCCACCUCUGUGUUCUCUUUCCUUUUGUAGUUUAAUAAGUAUCUUUAUGGCUUUGUGAGGCUUUCAAUUUUAAGGAAAUGAUCUUUUCCCCUAGUUCUACUACUUGAAUGAUUUAACUAGCUUAAGAAAAUUAAUUAUGAAUGAAAGGUCGGAUUAGCGCGCGAGACGGGAGACCUAGUCGAUGGAAUCUAUCUUAUUGAUUGCAUAUCGACUCUCAAUAAUGGAUAGGUACUGAAGUAUGAAAUAAU